GUUUAUUGUUUCAACUGUUGGAAUCGCUUGAUGUUAAAACAAAGGCGUUGGCAUACUGCUUCGCUGGUGGUCUCCUGCUUGGUUCCUUCUACUGGUCUGCGGUGACUUACGGUGCGGUGACGGUUAUGCAAGUCCUCGGUCAUCAACAGGGCCUACAGAUGAUGCGACGCACAGACCCACUGCUCCUGCUACUCGGCUUACCGACGAUCCCAGCAUGUUUGCUCCUGCUUCGAACUGUCCCAUGGGAAAACUUCCUGGUCGUUCUGUGGCGUCACUAUCUCAGCCGUCUGAUCCCAUUCCGAUGGUUAACCGAUACGUCGAAUUGGCCUGCACGCGAAGCCAUUGUGGAUAGUUCCUCUGAGGGUCACGAAUUUCCACGAUUUCUAUGCGCUUCGCUCACUUUACCCACAGUGGCUGCAAUGACUGGGCAGUUGUUGUUCCCCAAGGUUCGGACGAACACUCGACGCAUUUUGCUGGGUGCACUGGCUUACCUGGGUCUCAAGGGAUUGCUCUCGGUGUCGUACACGGAGAUGAAGUAUAUGCGCGCAUGUCACCGAAUGGUGAAGAACUAUGAGGGUGACUAAUGUGUCCUCUCUCUCAGCCUGCUUUCUUCACUUACUACAACCAUGAUGGUCGACGAGGUGGACGAUUUCCCACGGUGUCCCUAAUGCACUAUCGUUUGUCAAUGCUGAGUAUCGAAACGGCAGUGUUUAUGUGACAUGGGUACCGCCGACUGUUUAUUUUUGCCGACUCCAUUCUCUGUAUACAAUGAUUUCAGGUUAUAAUCGCCAUUUUUGUCUACCGGGAACGCCACUCCUAAAUUGUCUCUAGUUACCGGCUGUAGUAGAGAGAAGUAUUCCGAAACAUAUUAAACUUGUGUACAAUCUGCACAACCUGAGCGCAAAGAAAAUAAACGGA